AUGGCGGGAUCUCCGUCAUCAUCGUCCUCCUCCUCCUCUUCCUCGUCGGCGAACCCAUCGUCAUCUUCAGGUCUUCCCCCGCCUCCGAAGAUCCUCCUUGCAAAACCCUCGUCGGUCCCCGCGGUCGCCCAGGACUCUUCCUCCGUCGGAGCUCCUCCGCCCUCCUCCGUCCCCGGCGGCUUCUUACUUCGGUCCUCUCACAACGUUCCUCAACCAGGAUCCCUAAAUCUCUUCUCGGAUACUUGGGAGUUCCACACUGAGAGAAUCCUACCGUUUUUGACAGACAACACUGAUUUCAAUGUUGUUGGGAUUAUUGGGCCAACCGGAGUGGGCAAGUCGACUAUUUUGAAUGAGCUUUAUGGAUUUGAUGGAAGCUCUCCUGGAAUGCUUCCGCCUUUUGCAACACAGUCUGAAGAAACCAUAGCCAUGGCAAAACAUUGUACUGCUGGGGUUGAGCUGAGGGUUUCUUCUGAAAGGCUAAUCCUCCUUGAUGCUCAGAAACUCGAUACUAUAAUUGAUCAGUUAAUGUAA